AUCGCCAGCAUCGCCCCGUGGUGCCUGCUCCAGCCAGCCGUAGCUACCCUCAGCCCUCCGCGACAAGCCAUGUCGGGUCGCUUCGCCUUGUUGCUGGUGCUGCUGCUGGCGAGCCUGUGGACGGCGGCCGAGGCGCGCUACCUGCCCACGCGCGGCCAGGACGACCAGCUGGACCGCAUCAGGGAGCUCAUGCGCUACGUAAUGGAAAACAAAAUGGAGGAGCCUAACAUCUACGACAGCAUGAUGCAUUACAAGAGGGAAGUCCCCGAGGCUGUUCGAGUCCUGUUGGAGCAAGCCCGCCAGUCCCGCCAGUAGCACACGACCCAACAAACACACACCGGCCCUGAACGAUAACCCCACAACAAGCACACACACCUACAAACACACGCACACUCUCGCUAUAUAUGUGUUUCAACAUUACCGACCGAGUCAUGAGGGAUCUUUGGUGUGACAUUUACUGUGCUUCUUUCCAAAUAGCAACAUGGAUAUUAUACUCGUUUCAUUAAUCGUACAAUUUCAUCAAGUCAAUACGAGUUACGUUAUUUGUUGUUGUAUUUUAAUGUCAUUACUGUUUCCCUUAUGAGUUCAUUUAGACGCUAAAACACAAAAAUUAUUAUUGUAGUUUUUGUUACUGCCCUGCAAAAUAAUAAAUUUAUUUCUGUUUUGAGCAUCCACAAUAAUGAAAAUACAAUAAUUUUAAAGAACUCUUACAUUUAUCUUUUACAUUCUGUUGAAUAAAAGUGAAAAUCUUACGCAGUUAUCAUUUGUAUCAAACAUUAAUUCACUUUUGAGGCCAUGUCUCAUUAAAAAUAACAAAUCAUUUUUAUCAUUAAUUUUGUUUACAAUUUUAGCUAUAAUUAAUUGCUGAAGUAGUCUUAGUCUAAUAUUAGUUUUAUUUGUGAGAUUCCUAAGAAACUGAAUUCUUGUUACUUGCUUGUAGAAGCAGUAUGUAAGAUAAUGUAAUUUCUUGUGAAAUAACAAUAUUUUGUCAAACCAUUUACUAAACGAUUUAAGUACAAUUAACUUCUUUCUCAACGCUCAUAAAAUACUAAGAUUAAAUAUAUGUAGUUGUAUUUAUUUCUUUUUGAAGUAUACAUGAUAUGAAUAAACUCAUACCUACUUAAUUAUUUUAUAUAAUUAUUAAUUUUAUAUCUGUAACAAAAGCUUUUUCAUAAGAUUAUUUUACAUAUUUUAAGGGACAAGAACAAGUGAUGUAAAUAAAAAUGUGUAAGUAAAGAGAAAAA